CGGUGGGGGUGAAUCGUCCGCCCUGUUCUCCAAGUUCGGAAGCUCGCUGUUCGGGCCCACCAGCUCACCCCAAAAGGUCGUCACUAACAUCCGAGGAUUCCUGUCGAACCGGCUGACCGGAGUGUCCAUCCCCGAUACAGGUUGCCAUCUUGGACGCUUGCGCUAGGGACCAUACACAAAGAGAGAGAGAGAGACCCGACAGAUCAAACCAGGAGACAGAAAAAGGGCCCCCACAAGCCUACUAUGAUGCCCCAGUUAGAAACCAGCAGCUAAGCAGCCGAAACAAGUAAAGUAAGAGAACUAGUCAAAGUUCGAAGAAAGACGAGAGAACCAACAAACCAAGAUGGCGCCACUACCGGUGAUAAACCUCGAGCCGAGCGAGGUGAAGGAGAUAUUCUGGACCAAGGUGAAAGAGCCCGGAUCGCAGCGUCGGCUGAUCCUCGUGAUCGUGUCCAUUGCGCUACUGCUGGAUAACAUGCUGUACAUGGUGAUCGUGCCAAUCAUUCCCGAUUACCUGCGGUACAUCGGCACGUGGGGUCCCGAGGAGCCGGUAAACGCAAGCGCCCCAACGACAGUGUGGACUCCCCAUGCACACGCCCACCACGGUCAGGAUACGGCCACCGGAGUACUGUUUGCGUCGAAGGCGAUCGUCCAGCUGAUGGUGAACCCGUUCUCCGGUGCGUUGAUCGAUCGCAUCGGGUACGAUCUGCCGAUGAUGGUCGGGCUGAUCAUCAUGUUCCUGUCGACGAUGGUGUUUGCCUGUGGCCGUAGCUACAGCAUGCUGUUCUUCGCGCGAUCGUUGCAGGGCGUUGGAUCGGCGUUCGCCGAUACAUCGGGCUUGGCUAUGAUCGCCGAUCGGUUCACCGAAGAAAAUGAGCGAUCGAAGGCACUUGGAAUCGCGCUGGCAUUCAUCAGCUUCGGAUGUCUGGUCGCGCCUCCGUUUGGUGGUGCCCUGUACCAGUUCGCCGGCAAGGAAGUUCCGUUCAUUAUCCUUGCUUUGGUGUCGCUGCUAGACGGAUUCAUGCUACUGCUGGUGAUGAAGCCGAUCAAGGAAAUCAUGGCCGAUAGACAAGAACUUCCCCAGGAAACUGUUCCGAUCUGGAGGCUGCUGAUCGAUCCGUACAUUGCGGUGUGCGCUGGAGCGUUGACCAUGUCCAACGUAGCACUGGCAUUCCUCGAACCAACCAUCUCACUGUGGAUGGAAGACAACCUCACGGCCGAAAACUGGAAGAUCGGAAUGGUCUGGCUGCCAGCGUUCUUCCCGCACGUGCUAGGUGUGGUCAUCACAGUCAAGCUGGCUCGCAUAUAUCCGGAGAAGCAAUGGCUGAUGGCUGCCGGUGGUCUUGCCCUGGAAGGUCUCUGCUGCUUUAUAAUCCCCUUCAGCAGCACGUACAUCGUACUGAUGAUCCCGAUCUGUGGCAUCUGCUUCGGAAUCGCCCUCAUCGAUACAGCACUACUGCCCACGCUCGGCUACCUGGUGGACGUCCGGUACGUGUCCGUGUACGGCAGUAUUUACGCCAUUGCGGACAUUUCAUACUCGAUAGCGUACGCCGUCGGACCAAUCAUCGCCGGUGGAGUCGUGGAAGCGAUCGGAUUCACCGCCCUCAACUUUAUGAUUGCCUUCGCUAACCUGUUCUACGCGCCGGUACUGUUUUAUCUCCGCAACAUCUACGACUUUAAACACUUUGAGAACGAAGCCAACAUCCUGAUGGGUGAACCACCGACCAAAGAGUACCAGACGUACACGAUGCAGGACCAGCAAGCCGUCGGCACCGAAUACAAGAACCACCUGGAGUACGGCCGACCCCAGGACGACCAAGGCUACCAACAGCACCAACAACAGGAGACCAACAUCGAUCAGGGCUACUCGCAGAACGGAAGCUACGAGCAGGGCUACCAACAGCAGGGCGGCUACCAAAACUACCAACCCGGCUACCAGGAACAGGGUGGAGCCUACCAGCAGCAGCAACAACAACAAUCGUCGAGACAUCUUCCAUCGCAACCGGUGGCCAAUCCGUUCCGGCAGCAGCAGGAGCAACAGCAACAACAACCGCAAGCUCCGUCGCAACCCCGGAUCUCGAAUCCGUUUAGGCAAGGUUUUUAAAUUCGUGGUUAUCGGUAAAGUGUUUUCGUUAACAGUUUUCAAACUUUAUUGUUCCGUUGUUUUUUGUUGCGUCUAACACGAAGUAUUACUUAUAUAGAUUAAACUAGUUCUGCGCAGGUAGACUACUGAGGAAUGAUCGCGAAACGAAUGGUUUGUGGGUGCAGUUCAAAACUGCUGAAAGAUCGUUGAGGUUAGAAUCCGUAAAUUGUUGCUAAAUGUUGAAAAUUCAGUUUUCUGUACAAGCUUCUGCUGCUCUAGAGUUAUGGACACCGACGGGUGGUAGCCAAGGUUCGCGGAAGCUCGUCAAAGGCGUAUAAAAGAGGUAUAGACGAAACUAUUUAAAAACCAGAGUAUAUAUCAAGCAUACAUCAUGCUAAAACACACAGACACACCUAGCAUCGUAAGGGCUUAGUCGAUAAGAAGUCACUCCGGCGGGUUCCGGCUCGGUGCGAUCUGCACCGGUAUCGUUGACAUAUCAAAUCAAGUUCAAGCCACUUUGGGUGCAGGGAAGCCGACGCCGGGACGGUUUUCGGGUGUGACGUUUCAGUUGUUUUGAACGCUUCGGUUUUGGAUGGUCCCACGGGGCCCACCAAGUAUUUUCUAACAUAAGACACAACCAAGGUAACGAUACAUAUCAGAGCUUCGGCUCGCCUGAAUUUACCAAAGUGAUAUUAUAUAAAUAUUAAAUACUUUUAGCGCGUAGGUUACACAAACUUGAAAGAUAAAUAGUAACUGUACAUUGGAAGGAUAGUAUUUGCCCACCACCGGAAGCACUCUAUUUAUCGGAGACUUCCGGAAGGGUGCAAGCGACUUACGGUCAAUAUCUAGCUAAGCAUACAAUUCUACGUAGGUUAUAAGUCAAUGAUUAUGUUGAAAGGCAUUUGGAAGUUUAGACACUUGGGAAAUGUUGCUUGCCAAUGAAGUUUCAGUAGAGUUUCAUGUUGAGAUUACUUUACCUCGAUGUUGAUUGACCUUGGCUCUGCCAUAUCUCAAAUCAGUUCAAUGUUAAUGAACAUAAAGGUAACGCGAAUCCUGACUCAUAAGCUGUCAAACAUCAAGAUAAACCACUUCAAGGUGUAUAAACUUCCAAAACUUGUGAAUUCAUCUUACUCCUGUGUACAUUAAUGCUUUCUUCGGUUCCCAACAGAAAAUGGUGUGAAGCAAACAAAGAAAACAAUGAAAAACGAUCUCUAAUGAUAUCAAUUAAAAUAGUUAAACGCAACGGCAAGUGGUGGGCGGUGCCCCUUCUGUAUGUGUGUGCGUUAUCAACGCUACAAACACCAGGGCACAACCACACACUCGAAUGAUUAUACAUAUUCACAUUAGAAAUAUAUACAAAAACAAACAGCUAAACAGAUGUAUUUAUUAGAGAAACACAGACAAAUGCAACAGCAAAUUACAAAAUUAUCGCAGUCAUAUCAACUAUACACACAGACGGAAAUAGCAACACAAAGCAGAGAAAGUAUAUACAAGGGUUAAUAAGUUCAAGACUGGUAAAUUUUGCGUUUUCGGAAGAAGAGUGCAUAACAUCGUAUUCAAGGUCAAAUUGAGUUGACUUUACAAAGAUGUCGCUUAGAGUCGGGGCGACAUUCCAAACAUAAGUUUACUUACUAGCUUAGUUGAUGUGUACAUUGUAGACUAAUCCAAAACGUCACGUCGAUUGUCGUAUUUCCUUAGCAAAUACAUUGUUACCGUUUUGUAAGGGUACGCGUGGUUUAUGUAAAAACAAAAAGAGAAAAACUUUAAAAACAAUUACCGUUCGCCGUUGACGUUCUGGGACUCACUCUAAUCGAAACAAUUACUAAACGAUAGGUUCGUCGAUUUAACGUGGUAAAACGCAUUGCAACUCGGUAAAACGGUUGCAGCGUGUAAAAGUAUUACCUUUAGUGUAAAGUAGCUGUAAAUAUUGGUUUUGUUACGUUGGCAUUACAACAAAACCACGCAAUGUGGUACACGCUUCAAGGUGUAGAAACUGUUUACCUAUAAUUAAUUUAAUUGGUCACGUCGCGUCGGUCGAAGGCGUCACAAUGCGACGUGCGGUCGAUUCGUUACGCAAAACGUCAAAAUUCAGAGCAAACGCACAAAAACAUAAACAUUGGUGACGGUUUUGACCGACAAGCUUAAAACAUGGUUAGAUAGACAUCAGAUACUUAAAGAUAAUUGUACUGAUUUGGAGGAGAGACGAAUCUAAUAAACGAAAGCAAUAAAGAUGAAAUUUUAAUCCUAAUGGUAUGCAACAGGAAACCUAGAACGAACACAGGAUGAAAUAGCUAACAUAAACCAACAUUUGAGUUAAUCUUUAAACGGAAUGAAGGCAUUUUGGAUAAUUUCGCAAUAAAUCCUAGAAAACGGCACAUUCUAUAAAUCCUCAGUCGUUUAAUUUUAAUGAGUUUUUUUACCUUACCAGACAUUUCCGCUACUAAUUAUUUGGUUGCGCUUCCUUACAAUCUUUACUAUGGUUAUGGAAGACAACGAAGAUAUUUCAACAGACGCUAUCUAAAUUUUCGAUGAGUUGACACAUCCAAUUUUAAUAUUUUGUGAAUGUUCAUAGCUUACGAAAUGUAAAAAGAUAUUGUUAAAUGUACUGUAUCACGACGAAAUGGAAAACAAAUUAAACAAAUUAUAACAUCACAAAAACUACAAAAAAAAUACCACAAUUUAAUUGUAGUAAUCGUAAUCCUAGUAUAUAACAAACCAACACUUGUUAGACCGCAAACCAAAUACUGUUUAGAACGUAGAUACCUUAACUAUCGCAUAUAACCCAUGCCUAAACCCCUGUUAAUCACAUUAAUAGCACCAGAAUCCUCUUACUAAACGAUAUCGCAUCUACUGCCCCUUUAUCUGUGCUACGUCCACGUUAACAUUGUCACAUUCACACACAUAAAAAUAAACAAAAAAUACACUCAAACUCAUUCCUACGCUGUUCCUUUUCACUCCCCCUGAAUCAAAUAAGUGUGUAUCGAUAAUCCCCCCCUUCUCGUACUUCUCGUUAUACACUGUUAUUUCAAACUAUCCAAUAUGACCUUACUCACUCACUCUCACUCUUCAUUGAACUAACGGAUGGAAAACUUUCCGGACAAUUGCUUCACCCUUCACCUUAUUUCACCGAAAUUAAACAAUCGAUCAGAUCGAUCAUGUACAUACAACAAACAAAAAAACUGUAACUUGAAGAUAGAAACAAAACAUACGCCGGCACGUGUAAUAAUAUUCGUAGUUUAGACACAAAGCUAAAAUACACGCAGCGGUAUUAGCCAGACUGGUCGAGCUAUCGAAUCACGCUAAAGACAAACGUCAUCAAUAGCAUUUAAACAGACUUGUUUUGUUUUGUUUUCAACGUUUAUUUUAUUCUGUUUUUGACAGUUCUCGUUAGUACUCCAGAUUGACUAAAUGUCGUUUGAAAAACUAUGUGUAAAUGACAUAAAAUUUUACUAGACUUGGGGUUUCUAGGAAUUAAAAUUCAAUCGUUCAAACUUGUAAAAUUGUUUAAAUUUGUUUAAUACUUUGUCGAUAAGGUUUUGUUCUUGACGAGUCUCUUAUAUCAUAUUAUUUGAGUUUCAUUUCUUUUUUUUUAUUUGAUAUAUUCUAGCAUUCGUUUUCAGUUUUUGGUUAACGUUGAUGCGAUAUACAUAUUAACCAUAUCAUCAAAGUCAAAUAAGCAAAACCACUCACGUAGAGUCUCACAUAAAGACAUAUACGAAUGAUAACCCACCCCCCAGACGACGCUCCCGGAGAUUGCAAUUAUUGUUCCGACUCGGAAUCGGAUUCAAAUCACACUCAUUCAAAAACAUUAUCAUCGCCGUAUUAUAUUAAAGGAUAUACUCUGUUGAAGCAAAAAAAAGAAAGAAAAAAACACAAAUAGGAAAAUAUUAUCUAUACAAGCAAAACAAAUAAAUAUUACGUUCACACUUUAAGGCGAAAGAAAGAAGAAGAAAACAAGCAAAAAAAAAGUAUCAAAAAAUAUAAUCAAUAGCUGUUCUUUAAAAACGAAUCGAUAAAAAAUGAUGAAAAUAAAACAAAACUAAACAUAAGCUAAACAAACCAAAGUUAUAGUUGUAUUGCAUGAUAACAUUACACAAGCAAAUAAGUACAGCAAGUAUGUAAGUGGAA